AUGUUCACUCGCCUCCUCGCCAUUGUCACCCUCGCGGCCGCGGCGAAUGCGUACUGGACCUUUGGGGGCACCGCGCUCAUCACUCAAACCCGUCUCGACUCCAUCGUCAACCCCGACACGAUCGGAACCCAUGUCCACGCCAUCGUAGGCGCAAGCGGCUUCAGCAACCAUUACGACCCCGACGAGCUCAUGAAGUCGAACUGCACGACGAUCCCAGUCCAGCCUGACCUGAGCAACUACUGGAGUCCGCAACUUUACCAUCGCGACAAAGACACCGGCGAGUUCAGCGCCAUGCCGACCGGUUUCAACAUCUACUACCUCCCCCGUCCGGGUCCUAAGAACGAGACGAUCAAGGCGUUCCCAAAGGGUUUGCGGAUGCUUGCUGGCGACACGACUAGGCGCACAUUCAACGCCUCCAGCCAUGCGGACCAAGCCAUAACCUAUGUUUGCCUUACGGACACGGACUCUCCGCAGACCAACUCCAUGCCCACACAGCAGUGUGUCGGAGGGUUGCGUGCGCAGGUGUUCUUCCCCUCGUGCUGGGACGGCGUCAACCUUGACUCGCCCGACCACAAAUCGCACAUGGCGUACCCCAUACAGAACUUCGACUCCGGCGAUUGCCCCGACACGCACCCGGUGCACCUUAUCUCUCUCUUCUACGAGAUGGGUGUCAACGUGGGCCAGUUUGACUUCCAUGGCGUCGGCACGUGGGUCCUCGCGAACGGCGACACGACCGGCUUCGGCCUGCAUGCGGACUUUCAGAAUGGGUGGGACAUCGACCUUCUUCAAGACGCCAUCGACCAAUGCUCGGGUGCCAGCGGGAAUGUGCACGACUGCGCGCCGCUCGAAGCCGUCUUCGACCAGGCCGCGGCCGACGCGUGUGUCUUCCAAGGCGACCUCGUGGCCGAGGACAUCGGGUUGACCUCGCCCAUCGCGGCGCUGCCGGGCUGCAACCCGGUCUUCGGGAGCGGCGACAGCACCUCCUCGUGCUCGGGCACGCCAAACCCGGGCCUCGUCCCCGCGCAGAACCCGCUUCCGGCUGGGUGGACGGAGGUGGGGUGCAUCGCGGAGGGCACGAACGGGCGCGCGCUCCCCGCGCUGACGAUGUCGUCGUCGAACCUAACCAGGUCGUCCUGUGCGUCGUUCUGCGCGAGCCAUGGGUUCUCGCUCGCAGGUGCGGAGUUCAGCGAUGAGUGCUACUGUGACAACGCUCUCAAGAACGGCGCGACGGGAGCCCUCCUGUCAUGGGAUGCGUGCGCGAACCGCUGCACCGGAAACAACAACGAGAUCUGCGGCGGCGGCUCGAAGCUGACGCUCAUGACGAACGCCGGCGCCGUGAGCGCGAGCAAGUCCUCACGCCGCGCUCUCCGCUUCGACCGCGAGGAGUCCUAAAUUUGGAUAAGUCGCUCGUCAUUCCGAAUACAGGGUACAACACAUUGGUUUCCAGGUCCAUUCCCUUUCCGCUAUCACGACUUGUCACGUUUCCCUCUCUCUCUGUUUCUUCUGGUUUUAUGCUUUGAUCCUCCAUCCUCUAGAUCGCAACCGGUAGUUCUCGACUUCGUGAUUGGGCGACUUGAGUGCACCCGGGUUUUGUCGUCGAUUUGUC